AGGGAGAGCGUGCCAGGGAGGGAAAACAGCGGGAGGGGGGUGUGUCGAGGAUAAAUCUGCAUUCUGCCUCUGCCUCUGGUCGGAGACACCAGCAGCAGCCGCAGGGGGAGGUGGAGAAGCAUCACCGGCCAGCAUCUCACCUGAUAAGCAAGCAAGAGAGGAGGUGCCAGAUUGACAUUUGAGGUUGUCGCUGCACAAAAGAAAAGAUUUGCACAGUGCGCCGGCAAAUAGCUAUGCGGCCCCGAUCCAAACUGCUCUCCAAGGAAGGACUGCUGCUGCCCACAAUCAGCGAAGCCACCGAGGAGACACCGAAAGAUUUGAACGAGGCCAACGCGCAACAUGUCGCUGACCACGUCUCUUCAGAUGACUACCUCCUUUCCAUUUGUCACCUGGCACACCCCACGUUCCACACCGGCGGCGAUGUUUUGCCAAGUACACGCCAGUUGGGCGGUGCGCACCACACGAUGCGAGCGUCACAUCUCACCCACAGACAAAAAAAACAUGAGAGGGGCUUGCAGCAGGGAGGGCGCAUUGACGUCUUAGGCACCUCAGACCCCCUGGAGUAUCUUUAUGGACAUCACAAUAAUCGGUCGACCUGUCAGUCAAGACCCGGGGGCCACCCAGAGGAAGGAGGGCAACGUGAGAGUGAGUGGAAGAUGCCAGUUCACUCAAGAGCUCACGGCACCCCCCACGCUGCCAGUGCUGGUCUCCCACAGCGACUCAAAAUCUGCUGCCCUGAGAAACACCCCGACACAAUCAUUCCCUACAUGUCCUCAAAACACAGCAGAUCCACACUGGGGGGCGACUUGGGCUGUGUGGCAGGUAGCAAAGCGGGUGUGGAGGUGGGGAACCCAAACAAGAAGCAGUCUAUGGUCUCGCAGUGGAUCUCCGAAUGCAGGUCAGCUUGGAGGGAGGGACGGAUGCGAGCCUGCAUGCUGCCCGCCAUCACUGAGAUAUAGAAACAUCAGUCAGAUACAUUCAUAAGAAAGUCAUUCUGUCAAGGCGUGUUUCCACCAAGCGCCACACAGUUCAGCUCAAAACGGUACAAAUGGAAUCGUAGACUUGAGUGACCACCAGGGUAUGUGAGACGGCGAUAGCUAUGUCGGCAAGGUGUACAAGUAAGUCUCGAGUGAUGACCUUCAAGUUUCAAGCUUGCCUGUCUCAGUGAGUUUUAUCGCAAUGUUUGAAGCUAGAUGCACAGUACUAAUGUUCACAAUCACGUUUUUUAUAAGGUUUAGCCAAGCAAGAUCUAAAGCUGCAAAGCAUUCAUGGGUCUUCUCCGUUUCCAAAAACGUACGGGAAACCAUUGGAAACCGGAUGUGAUGCUGGCAUUAAGAGACUUGUACAAGUGUUUCAGAUAUGGAUCUACAUGGUAAAACUACUCUGUCGUGAUUAUUGGUAUUUAACCUAUGAAUGGCAUUAUGUAAUAAUACACGUUGUCCUGAUGGUCUAAAAAAAAAAAGUCUGCAAAAGCAUUUUAUACUUUCCACUACCUGUGACGUGAAGUGUGACAAAUUCAUAAAUAAAAAGAUUUUUGAUACUCUCA